CACCAAAGGUGAAAAAUUUGAUGCGUACUCCCCACGAGACUAUACAACGGUAUUGGGCAUUUCCCUCGUGAACACAAAAUUUGGGUUUCAUGUUCCCCCGUUUGCAGCGUGGAAGUAAAAUUAGUUUUUUGAGUGAAAAUACUGAACUCUGUCUUCUACAAAUAAUAUAGCGUGAAUUGUUUACGUGAGAAAACAAUAUUUUUAUAAACUUUAAAGUGUCAAAACGGAAGUUUAUGUUUUUAAAUCAGUUGUUUUGAAGUCAGUAUAGGACUCGCAAGACAUUUCGAAUUUUGUACUAAAUAAACUAUAUCACCCUGUAAUCAACAGAUCUUUAUACAUAUAAUGUGAUAAAAGUGUCAGUGAAACGUAAAGAUAAUACUUACAUUGGGUUGUGUGUGACUUGUGUUCGAAGUUUUUAAAUGGAUUGGUGGAGUCAGGAUGUAGCCUAGUUCUACUGUGACCUUUCAAACAAUUUUGUUUUUGUGAUAUCUUACUAGUUUGCCAAAAUGUCAGAAACAGCACCAGUGGUAAAGAUUAAAACAGAACGGCCAGAUGAAGCGGAGAUCAGAGAACUGGCUGCAAAAAUGGUGGAGGCCAACAAGGCGAAAGCUUUGGCGGCAUCAGUCGCGGCAGCGCGGCCUCCGCCUGGUGCACGGCUAGGAGGACCGACUCAAGCAGUUGGAGGUCAAAUGGGUAUUCUUAACUUUCUAACAAGAAAUCAAAAGCCUGGUACUCCGUCCGCCGCUGACACGCGUCCAGUUAGUGACGACAAAAAGACACCAGCUCCAGAUGAAGCCAGUUGGAAAGGCCACUUUGGUUGGGACAUGCUUGGUAAAUGUCACAUACCAUACAUAUUUCGAUCUGGAGAGAAGUACGUAGCAGUGCGAAUGGUUGAAAUUAAGCUAUUGAACAAGUACCUGAAUUAUUUACAUGCAGACAUAUACUCUUGUACCUGUAUUCGAAGCUAUUACAUCACAGAUGUUGAGGCUUUAUUAUUAAAUGAGAUCAAUAAUAGGCAUUGUGAUGGUCAGUUUGGGCGGGAUCCCUUCACACAGAAGGAUUUGGUGGUGAGACUAUCAGACGCUUAUGAGUUCUAUAAUUUCCUAGAUGUAUGUUAUAAUAAAUUGUUACGUGGAACAACAAAUAAUAAGGACAAAUGUGGUUUUAUUCGUAUCAAUAAGGAGUCAGUUGUACCAUAUACAGUUAGAGACAAUCAGAAAUUUGUACCUUUGUUCUAUUUUGAAGGUGAAACAGACAAUCUAAAGUUAAAAGCUGACCAGUUAAAAGGCUGGGAUUUAUCAUACCUGAAGUUCUGUUGUAAAGUGCAAGGUAUUAGGAAUGAACUAUUUGCAAGUGAGACAUGUUCAGUGAUUAGUUUAACAGACAUUAAAAGUUAUUUCCCACCUGGUACAGACUUUGAGGAAUACUGGCCAAACAAAGUGGUUGAUUCCCAGCUCCUAAUUUCUGCUAAAGGUUCUGUAUCUGGUGGUCAGUGGACGCGAGCACCACCCGCUCCCCCACCGGGAGUAGUGGGAAGCGUAAGUGCUGGUGUGGGGAUGAACAACGUGGUUGCCCCAUCACGAGGUCGCCGGCCCGCCCAGCGCCACACACAAGCAAAUGCAGCCAUGCAAAUGCCACAUACAGGCCUCUCUGCAGCGGCUGUGCAAGCCUUAGCCAACGGUUGGACGAAUCUACCCGCAUCUUUGACUCAAGCGCAAACUCAACAAGUUUUGCGAUUAGCACAGGCGCAAGUAGCUGCUCAGGCGCAAGCAGCUGCACGGUACUCAACUGCAGCAAAUGCAUUAGCAGCUGCUGCAGCUGGCAUACCUCACCGGUCGCACAACCAGAGAGCUGUGCAGUUUCCAAACAGUGCUAUAACAAUGGCGAUGGGCCAGCAACCUCCACCGCUGGUGAGGAGCACGGCCAACUCCAACAAUAUGAAUGUUUCGGCACAAGCAAGUGGGUCAAUGAAUGGCCACUCAACCUCUCACUCCGGGGACACAAGGAAACGACUCACAGCUAUCCCAGACAUCAAUAUCAGUGGAAACCAUACGCCGUAUAAGGUGCAGAAAGCAUUGGUAGAGAACAUGAUGGUACCAUGUAUAAAUGCAAAGCCCUAUCAAUACACCGAGCUCCUAAUGACAUUACCAGACCUUGCUAGCAACUUCUUUCCAAGGGUAUCACUGAAUACCUGCCGGGCUAUGCUUGAUGCACUAGGUCUUUCACUGUACCGACCUAAUUCAACGCAACUGCAAGUGCUCCGGAACUCGGGAAAAUGCAAAUCGGCGGCUGCCGGCGAAAACGGGAUGGCGCUUGUACAGAUUCGUGACGUCAUGCAACAUAUGCCUCAGUUCAAGUACAUGUUGCGGUCUGGCUUGGCCGCUGACGAGCCACCCCAUCAGCCUCCCAGACCCGCUCAUGCCCCACCACCCUCGCAUGCCAAACGGGCAAGGGCCAAUUAGUGCCACCUCUACAGACAGUGGCUGCAGUUACAGGAAUUUAAUGAACUUAAUUGAAGAUAUAGUGCAUUCUGCAUGUAUGGUUUGGUAUAAGGCCUUGUGUAGUGUCGGUAGUUGAUAGUGCCCAAUUUAAUUUGGGCCCCCUCGUGCUUGAACUGUUUUUUAAUCUUAUGAACAAAUUGUCACAAUAAAUAUUGUAAUUGCAUGACUUCCAUAUAAAUUAAUAUGGCUGUUGUAUGACUAUAACACUUAUAAUGGAUUUAAACAAAAUUGAGAUAAAAAAAUUGUUUAAAUUUUGGAUAAAAAGUUAAGUGUGAUUGAUUAAUCCUACACCUUCCUAUGUAUAAAGAAGGUAUAUAUUUAAAAAAAGAUAGGAUGGUGGAACACUGCCUAAAAUGUACCUAGUAUAAUAUAAUAUAUGUACAGUAGUAAUGGUCUUCCAUAAAGUGAAUUGACCACAAUAUAGGGUUUGACCAUUGGAAGCUUGUAUAAAAUUACUUUCAAAUAAAAAUUGAUCUGAUUAAAUUCAUUCAACGAAACUUAGUUCAAGAAUGAUGUGAAAGUAAAAACCUUCCAAUGUCUUCCACAUCACUAUUUCAAUUUGAAUUCUAAGAUCAAAUAGUAAAAGAAAACGCAAAUUGAUUGAUGUUCAAAAGAACAAUUAAGUGAAACCAAAUCAUUGCUUCAGAUCUAAAAUUGUCAAUUGUCAAAAUAUAGUAAUGUCAAUAAAAUGUGGGAGCUACUCAAAACAUACUGCUGUCUCUAUUUGCAUCCUAAUACAUGCACAUAUCAUAUAAAAUUACAAAUCUGAGGAAAUUCUAAUAUACUUAAAUAGUCUUUCAGUAUUCUGACGAAAGCUUUUUUUCACUGUACAAAUUGUAUGUAAUGUAAAUCAGAUAUCUUAAUUUAGUGAUCUAUUAUCUUAGAAGACUGAGAUUGUUUAAUUGUUUCAUAGAUCCGAAUAUUGUUAGUUUACAAUGUCUGCAAGUGUAACAUGUAAAUAUUACUGUAAUUACAUAUUUAUGUCUCGUUAAAUAUAUAAGCAGUUUCAUAAAUAGUUAAAAGUUUAAUGACUAAACAAUUAACAAUUAUACUCUUUAUAUUGUAAAGUUUCUAUCCUUUGCCAUCUAUCUUAGGCUUUAAUUUAAACAUCACAAUUUUUGUUUUCAUUAUAUAAUUGGUAAAUAAAUAAAAUAUAAUCGUAAAACGCUAGUUAUAACAAAUUGCCUAACAUGCUAGAGAUUGGUGGAUAAUAAGCAUUCAAGUAUACAUUUAUAUCUUUGGAAUAUUAAUAAAAACUUUAAAUGGUUCAGGCAUAAUAUGGAAUUAGCUGACCAUUCUUAGAUUUUUAUAUGUAAUAUUAUUGUAAAAUACAUUUAUUUAUGCUUACAUUCCAGCCAUUCUCGUGUAGUGUAUAACAUCAAUGUCCGAAUUACUUUACUCCAAAGCAUUUUAUUUAGUUUUUAAGUUUGGGGAGUUAAAAUAUGUAACACAGUAUUUGUAAAAAAAAUCUCAUAGCUAAAUAUUUAUUUUUCUAUGUAAUUUGAUUCAAAAUCAAAUAUUUAAUUAAUCCCCCACCACCAGUGACAAAGUAAGAUUUAAUUUUAAGAUUUUUGUAUUAUUAGGAAAAUUUAGACAUUUUGUUCCUCUAGUAAAGCUAGUAGCAACUAA